AUGGAUAUUAAAGAACCAUUUACCAAUAAUCACGCAAACCAACAAACAAAUGUAAAUAAUUAUGUAAAAGCAGAUGAAAAUGCUGUUGAAAAUCGUGAAAAUGAUGACGACGAUGAUGGUACAAGUUCUUCUACUAGUAGUAAUUGUAGAUCUGAAUCAUCUGAUUCAUCAAUUACAAGAGUUGAACGAAAUAAUCUGCUCCUUAAAGGCUUCACAGACUCGAGCUCUAUUGACAGUACGAACAAUAAUACUACAACAUUAUUAACAACACCUAAAAAACCUCGAGUAAAAGUUUCAGCAAAUAAUAUUAUAUCAGAUUUUAGUAGUUUAGGAGUGUACUCUCAAAAUCAACAACAAUCACACCAAUAUAAUUCAAAAAAAUUUUCAAGUAUGAGAUCAGAUUUGUCCUGGGGAAGUGAUUCUGGUAUUACAAGGGCGAAUAAUAAAAUUAAAAAUAAAAUAUUAAACAAAAAAUCGAUUGUUAAAGAUGAUAGAUGUGAUGAUAAUGAUCAAUAUGAAGAAUUAAAUUAUUAUUAUAAAAAUCAUCCUAAAUUAAACAACAAUGUGAAUGAAUGGGCUGAUAAAAAUGAUUACUACAUGCCUGAAAGUCAUUCUGAAAUUACUACAAAUACGAGAGAUUCUUCAUCAUCUAUUUCUACUUCUACUUCACCAAGAGUUAGAGCAAGAUCCAUUCCAUUUGAAAUUGAAGAUUUACUGAAAUUAUCAUUGAACCCAAAAGUUCAAAGAAAGUUUCUUGAUCUUCAAAUUUCCAACAAAUCACUUCUUAAUAUUAAUACGACAUUGGAAUCAACAAUUAAAGAACAAAACAAUAAACUUGCAACAAUUCCAUCAUUUGAAUCAAUUAUGGCGCAACAACAAAAACAAUUAGAACAUCUUACCAAAGUUGAAGAAUUAAUGCUGAAAUUGACAACAAAGAUGUCUGAGCAAGACAAUGAAAUAAAGGCUUUAAAAAACCAAUUACUUGAAAAGAAUGGAGAAGAGAGUCGUAAUGCUGUGGAUAAUCAGCCAUUACAAGUUGGAAGUUACAAUCUCAACAUAAUUUACUUUGUCAUGUUUAGUUAUUUGGCACUUGUUUUUUAA